AUGGAGGAAAAAGAACCAAAGCUCAUAAGGCACGGCCAUGGCUCCAAAGAGAAGACCAUGCACAUGCACAUGCACAUGCACAUGCACAACCCAUCUGAUGCAAUCAUGAGAUUGGCCUCACUUGCUAUCAGCCUCAACGUGCGGUUGAAAUCAUCCGACAUGCCUGUUCACAUGCAAGAACAUGCUCUGCGCUAUACCGGAUCACUCAUUCCCCUUCAUCCUCCUUCUCCAAACCCAUCAAACACUCACUUAGCUAGAGCUCUCAAAAAGGAGUUUGACUCAAAGUAUGGAUUGGCGUGGCACUGCGUGGUAGGGAAGAGUUUUGGGUCGUUUGUGAGUCACACGGGUGGCGGGUUCGUCUACUUCUCAAUGGACUCGCUUUCGGUUCUUCUCUUCAAAACUGAGGUUCACUUGGUCACGCAACCACCACCUACUUAA